AUGGCCGACAAACUCCGCACCCUCCAAAACCUCGAAGCACUCCAAACCCGAUACGUGGGUACCGGUCACGCCGACACAACCAAAUACGAAUGGACCUCCAACAUCGUGCGCGACAGCUACGCUUCGUACAUUGGUCAUCCACCUUUGCUUGAGUAUAUGGCUAUUGGGAUUGGCGAGCCUAAGGAAAAAGUGCGCUCGAUGAUGAUUGAGAAGAUGAUUAGGGGGGCUGGGAAUCCGCCGGAGGACACUUCCUAUCCGACGUCGUUGGAUAUGGAAGGGAUGAGAGCGGUCACGAUCGAAGAUGCUGAACGAAACUCGUCGCGCGGACUGGCGUGCAAGCAUCUACGAUGUCAAGCCGAAUGCUCUAACCAGUUAUUUUCGCACUGGCUUCGCUCUAGCGGAUUGAUGACCGAGUCAGCCAAGUCGUGUCGACGACUCUGGGGUUGGCUGAGCGAGAGAUAG